AGCAGCCCUCUGUGCUGCGGCGAGCGAGGUGCUCGCCUCUCCGAGUCAGUCAGUUGUGCUCGGCAGCUGCCAUCGAGCGUUCGCUCGAGUUUUCGCCUCUGCAGCCGGAGCGGCAAUCGCGAGAUGCCGGUGUGGCCUCUCGGCCCCUGACAACCUUCUUGCUCCUUGCACGCGGCCGGCGACUUUCCGCUGAAAUCGGAGCUACGGCAUGGCGAGCGGCCAGCUCGCGUGGAUUUUGCCCGUGUGGCUGUGGCUGGCCGUGGCGAGACCGGCCGACGCUCACUUCAACCUGUUCAUCAGCCAGAAGGAAGUCAUGAAGCUCAUGGGUCUCACUUCGGAGCUGUAUUACGUGCGCGAGGGCGUAAUCAACGUGUACGCGCUCAACUUCGUCGUGCCCGUUCCGGCCAACAUUUCUACUCUCGAGUUCUCGUGGCAGAGCCUCGACAGAAAGCCUCUCUCGUACUCACUAAGAAUCGAGUACGACAACUUCGACGCGCUGAAGCCGCCGCGGAUCGACAUUCUAGACAAGGGGUUCGUGCCCGUCAACGUGCAACCCUUCCACAUUCAUUUCCAGUGCACUGGAUCGCGGAGUGCGGAAAUCGAGGUGCUGCUCCAACUGAACGUAACCUCAGCCAAUCCCAAGCACAACGUGACGGUGCUCAACUUUCGCAGGAACAAAAUCUGCUUGAAGACCGAAAUGCAAGCAGCCAUGCGGAAUGACUCGGUGCACGUGGCCCCAGGACUGGCAGACGGAGGCACUUUCUAUGUGGCCGCCGGAAGUGCAUGCGCCAUGAUAGCCCUCAUCGUGGCCUCGGCCUCGUUUCUCUACGUGCGCAGCAAGAAGAGCAGAGCGCAGGAGUCACUACACACCAGCUACACAACUGCAGCAGCAUACGAAAGCAAUCCGAACGUGUUCAUUCGACUCGAUGGCGGGGCCGGCUUGGGGUGUGGUGGCCCCGGCAGCGUAGCCAGCGGUGGAAGUUACGCGACGAUCGCCAGCUUCCAGAAGAUCCCGCUCAACGCUCCAGCCCCUUACUACUCUACCCCGGUCCUGGGGACAAAGCAGCCAGCGCCGAUCCACGCGGUGUACGCGGCUCCCAGCAGUCCAGCGUCCAGCGCCCACAUCUACUGCCGGCCGCAGAGCGCCGCCAGGACCUCGUAUUACGCUUCCUCGCAGAUCUCCAUGAGCUCCAAAGCUGAGUCGUUCCGAGACCCUCGAGCAUCUGACCCGGCCGACCGCCUCAGGCUACUGGCUGUGCCUGGCUGCAGGGUUACGGCUAAGGCUUUGCUUCAAGAGGGAACCUUCGGAAGGGUUUUCAAAGGAAAUUACCGCAACGAAGAGCGACCUGGCGUUAAGGAGGAUGAAGUGAUGAUCAAAACUGUUACUGACGUAGCUUCACAAUUCCAAGUGGCCCUAUUGCUGGCCGAGGGCUCCAUGUUUUACGGACUGCAACACCAAAACCUUCUUCCAAUUUUAGCCGUUGCCCUGCCCAAGCCCAGAGGACAUCCGAUGCUUGUCUACCCCAUGAUGGGCCACGGAAAUCUCAAAAAAUUUCUCCAGAACUGCAGACUGAGGGGCAGCAACGGUGACCCGCAACCUAAACACGAGGCGCCUCUCUCCACCGACGACGAAGAAGGUCAAAGUUCCUUGAUGACCCAGGAUCUGGUGCACAUGGCGCUGCAGGUGACGCUUGCCCUGAUGUACUUGCAUGGCAACAAACUCACUCACCGAGACGUGGCCACGAGAAAUUGCGUUGUGGACGAAAGACUGAGGGUGAAGGUGACUGACAGUGCCCUGGCGAGGGACCUCUUCCCUGAUGACUACCACUGCCUGGGCGACAACGAGAACAGGCCAAUCCGUUGGAUGGCGGUGGAGUCGCUGCUGCACAGAAAAUUUUCACCCGCCUCUGAUGUGUGGGCGUUUGGAGUUUUGCUCUGGGAGCUGGCCACCCUUGCACAGCAACCGUACGCAGAGGUUGACCCUUUUGAGAUGGCAGAAUACCUUAGAGAUGGAUACAGACUAGUGCAGCCAGUCAACUGCCCAGACGAACUAUUUUCCGUAAUGGCAUGCUGUUGGUUGUCAGCACCAGACGAAAGACCAACAUUCCCCCAACUGCUCCCUUGUCUGCAGGCCUUUUACACAGCUCUGGGAAGAUAUGUGUAACACAUUAAAUUUACGUCAUCCAAUGUGAUUCUUAAUGUUAAGGACAAAUAAAAUGCCGCUUAAAUGGAAUGAAUCGAAAGUAGCUGUCAAAAUUUGUGUUGAAAUUUUUAAUAAUUGUCGUUUCAUCCUUGCACCUUCAUUGAUUUAUGUAAUCGUUUGCUGUCUUCAAUGUGCCGAAUAGCACUUUCGAUGGCAUUCGUAGAUGUUUUGGCAAUGUCUUGAAAUUUCUUAGAAAACUUCAGAUUACCUUUCAUGGUUGGAUUUGGAUAGGAACGGCAAAGAGACACCAGGGAAAGUUCAAAAAAGUAAUAACUUUAGUGAGAUGUAGAAUGGUGGAAAAGUCGCGCACUUAAGAUACAGGGUGAAAGAGAACAAAAUUUACUACGUGUUUAGUGUACUCGAUAAUCUCACUCAUGGUUAGAAGUUUAAGAAUGUUAUGGAAAAUGUAUGAAUGUUUCCUGCUAUUUGAAAAGGUGUAUAGUUGGUUACUCAAAAAUGAAUUUAAUUAUCUAUUACACAGUUUUCUGGGUCUCAUUUAUAAUAUUCUAUUAAUUGGAUUCAUUGCAUUAUAUUAUAUGUUCCAAACUUUUAUUUUGCAACAAAUCACACUAAACCAAAUGUUGUGUUUCAUUUAUUAUAUAUGUGAUUAUCCCAAUAAUUCACGAACCUUGCAUAGACUUUCAUAAAAUAAAAAUGUAU